UGCAUGGAUUAAGGCGAACAUCAUGAAAAAAAGUUUGUUUAAGAGGCACUGAAAAUGUGAAACUUGAAAUUGAUGUAGGGGCAGCCAGAUGUUAUUACAAAUAAUCGUUUAUAUUUAGAUGAUUGAAUAAUUGCCAUAUUAAAAGACAUGUAUAUACAUGUAGAGAUAUGAAGACAUAUCAAGUAUAUGAAUAAAUAAUUUAUGGUUGGUUGUUAUACGAAAUUAAAAUAUUAAGGAAAACAGCCCUUGGCUUUAAUCGAAAUUACGGUGUGUUAGGACAUUCUAAAAAGUAAGGAGAAGUAACAGGAAAGUGUCUAUUAUUUUUUCAAGAUGGCUCGAACAAAUUUUGCAAAUAUCAAAUUCUGGGAAGACAGUAUUGCAAAGGAACAAACUUUACGUCUCACUUGGCAUCGAAAAAGACGAGAGAAUGAACUGACGGGAGUGAAAGAAACUGAAAAAGGCCGAGCAAGUGAUAUCCUUCGCAAAAAACUUAUGUUCGCUACUGGUGAUCCGAAGUUAGAACAGAAGCCAGCAGAGGCAGUUGCCAAACCACCUGAAGAACAUUUGGUUGAAGAAACACCGGAAUUGGACACGAAACAAUUUGAACUAAUGUUACCAAUUGAUAAAGCAACAAAAGAUUUAUUGUAUGACGGAGUGUCGAGAGACGGUAAAGGGCGUGCAAACUAUCUGAAGCAAAGGUAUGUUGAAAAUCCAGAGGACAAAUUUAUUUUUCCUCCAACGUCAGCUAUGGAAUAUGGUUGGAACAUUGCAGAACUCUCCAAAAGUUUUAACAUCAACAAAUCAUUACAUGGACACAGGUGUAUAUUAAGGGAUACCUUUUAUCGGAAGAAUGGCAUUCCGAUGAUUCCUGACUAAAGAAAUUGCGCAAAAGAGUUUGUUUUCUUAGGGGUAUAUUUUUCUAUAUUUCCGUGAGAGUGACGUUCCAUAAAUAUUCCCAUUUUAAAAUUCCUAUACCGAUCCUACGACAGUACUUAAGCAUCUAAAAGGAGUUUAGAAUAAAAAAUGAACAUUUGGUAUAUUUUAUUAAAGUUUCAAAAGAAGGAUA